UAAAAGAGACGGGGCGCGCGCGGCGUCGCCACUACCCGCUGCGGAGCUGGACGGUGAGGAGGGAGAGCUGAUCGGUCAGUCAGUAUCCCCUCGGCCCCACGCACCCCACAGCGCCCGCCCUCCUGAAGCGACUCUACAUUCCUCCAUCAUGUUGUCAUCGUUUCGUAAACGCAGAGUCCAGAAAAUGGACCCAAGUGGGGUCAAAGUGCUGGAAACAGCAGAGGACAUCCAGGAGAGGCGGCAGCAGGUCCUCGACAGAUACCACCGCUUCAAGGAGCUCUCAACCCUACGACGCCAGAAGCUUGAGGAUUCAUAUCGAUUCCAGUUUUUCCAAAGAGAUGCUGAGGAACUAGAGAAAUGGAUCCAGGAAAAACUUCAGAUUGCAUCUGAUGAGAAUUACAAAGAUCCAACCAACCUGCAGGGCAAGCUUCAGAAACAUCAAGCCUUUGAAGCAGAGGUGCAGGCCAACUCAGGAGCCAUUGUCAAGCUGGAUGAAACUGGAAACCUGAUGAUCUCAGAAGGGCACUUUGCAUCUGAAACCAUAAGGACUCGUUUGAUGGAGCUGCACCGCCAGUGGGAAUUACUUUUAGAGAAAAUGCGAGAGAAAGGAAUCAAACUGCUACAGGCCCAAAAGUUGGUACAAUAUUUACGUGAAUGUGAGGAUGUAAUGGACUGGAUCAAUGACAAGGAAGCAAUUGUGACUUCUGAGGAACUGGGCCAAGACUUGGAACAUGUGGAGGUUUUACAGAAGAAAUUUGAAGAGUUUCAGACAGAUAUGGCUGCCCAUGAAGAAAGAGUUAAUGAAGUGAACCAGUUUGCUGCCAAACUCACUCAGGAACAGCACCCUGAGGAGGAACUGAUCAAGACUAAGCAGGAUGAAGUAAACGCAGCUUGGCAGCGGCUGAAGGGACUAACUCUUCAGAGACAGGGGAAGCUUUUUGGGGCAGCUGAGGUUCAGCGAUUUAACAGGGAUGUGGAUGAGACUAUCAGCUGGAUUAAAGAAAAGGAGCAGUUAAUGGCCUCUGAUGAUUUUGGCCGAGAUCUGGCAAGUGUUCAAGCUCUGCUUCGGAAACAUGAGGGCUUGGAGAGAGAUCUUGCUGCCUUAGAAGACAAGGUCAAAGCCCUGUGUGCUGAGGCUGAUCGCCUGCAGCAGUCCCAUCCUCUGAGUGCUACACAGAUUCAAGUGAAACAACAGGAAUUAAUUACAAACUGGGAGCAGAUCCGCACUCUGGCAGCUGAGAGACACGCACGGCUCAAUGAUUCAUACAGACUUCAACGCUUCCUUGCUGACUUCCGUGACCUCACAAGCUGGGUGACUGAGAUGAAAGCUCUCAUCAAUGCAGAUGAACUUGCCAAUGAUGUGGCCGGGGCUGAAGCCUUGCUAGAUAGGCAUCAGGAACACAAGGGUGAAAUUGAUGCUCAUGAAGACAGCUUUAAAUCUGCCGAUGAAUCUGGACAAGCCCUGCUUGCUGCUGGCCAUUAUGCCUCAGAUGAAGUGAAGGAGAAGCUGGCCAUCCUGUCUGAAGAGCGGACCGCGCUGCUGGAGCUGUGGGAGCUGCGCCGACAGCAGUACGAGCAGUGCAUGGACCUGCAGCUCUUCUACCGUGACACCGAGCAGGUGGACAACUGGAUGAGCAAACAAGAGGCUUUCCUGUUGAAUGAAGACUUAGGAGAUUCCUUGGAUAGUGUGGAAGCACUUCUCAAGAAACAUGAGGACUUUGAGAAAUCCCUCAGUGCCCAGGAAGAAAAGAUUACAGCUUUAGAUGAAUUUGCAACCAAGUUAAUCCAGAACAACCACUAUGCAAUGGAAGACGUGGCUACCCGCCGAGAUGCUCUGCUGAGCCGCCGCAAUGCUCUUCAUGAGCGAGCCAUGUAUCGCAGAGCCCAGCUGGCCGAUUCCUUCCACCUGCAGCAGUUUUUCCGUGAUUCUGAUGAGCUUAAGAGUUGGGUCAAUGAGAAGAUGAAAACAGCUACCGAUGAAGCUUACAAGGACCCAUCCAACCUACAAGGAAAAGUGCAGAAACAUCAGGCUUUUGAGGCUGAACUCUCAGCAAACCAAAGCCGUAUCGAUGCCCUGGAAAAGGCUGGGCAAAAACUGAUAGAUGUGAACCACUAUGCCAAGGAUGAAGUGGCAGCUCGAAUGAAUGAAGUCAUCAAUUUGUGGAAGAAAUUGUUAGAGGCUACUGAACUGAAAGGAAUAAAGCUUCGUGAAGCUAAUCAGCAGCAGCAGUUUAAUCGCAAUGUUGAGGACAUUGAACUGUGGCUAUAUGAAGUAGAAGGUCACUUGGCUUCAGAUGAUUAUGGCAAAGAUCUUACCAAUGUCCAGAACCUUCAAAAGAAGCAUGCCCUGCUAGAGGCUGACGUGGCUGCUCACCAGGACCGAAUUGAUGGCAUCACCAUUCAGGCCCGCCAGUUUCAGGAUGCUGGUCAUUUUGAUGCUGACAAUAUCAAGAAGAAGCAAGAAGCCCUUGUGGCCCGCUAUGAAGCACUCAAGGAACCAAUGGUUGCCCGGAAGCAGAAGCUGGCUGAUUCUCUGCGUUUGCAACAGCUCUUCCGUGAUGUUGAGGAUGAGGAGACGUGGAUUCGAGAGAAAGAGCCCAUUGCUGCAUCUACCAACAGAGGCAAGGAUUUGAUUGGAGUCCAGAAUCUGUUGAAGAAACAUCAAGCCCUACAAGCAGAAAUUGCUGGACAUGAACCCCGUAUCAAAGCAGUUACACAGAAGGGGAAUGCCAUGGUGGAGGAAGGUCACUUUGCUGCAGAGGAUGUGAAACUUAAGCUUAAUGAGCUAAACCAGAAGUGGGAGUCUCUGAAGUCCAAAGCCUCCCAGCGGCGGCAGGACCUAGAGGACUCGCUUCAGGCCCAGCAAUACUUUGCUGAUGCUAAUGAAGCUGAGUCCUGGAUGCGGGAGAAGGAGCCCAUUGUGGGCAGCACUGACUAUGGGAAAGAUGAGGACUCUGCCGAGGCUUUACUGAAGAAGCAUGAGGCUUUAAUGUCGGAUCUCAGUGCCUAUGGCAGCAGCAUCCAGGCCCUGCGAGAACAGGCUCAGUCAUGCCGGCAACAAGUGGCCCCCAUGGAUGAUGAGACUGGGAAGGAACUGGUGUUGGCUCUAUAUGACUAUCAAGAGAAGAGUCCUCGGGAGGUCACCAUGAAGAAAGGGGACAUUCUUACCUUACUCAACAGCACCAAUAAGGACUGGUGGAAAGUGGAAGUGAAUGAUCGCCAAGGGUUUGUGCCAGCUGCUUAUGUUAAGAAGUUGGACCCAGCCCAGUCAGCAUCCAGGGAGAAUCUCCUGGAGGAGCAAGGCAGCAUAGCUCUGCGGCAGGAGCAGAUUGACAAUCAGACACGUAUAACUAAGGAGGCCGGCAGUGUAUCUCUGCGUAUGAGACAGGUGGAAGAACUAUAUCAAUCUCUGCUGGAACUGGGUGAGAAGCGUAAAGGCAUGUUGGAGAAGAGUUGUAAGAAGUUUAUGUUGUUCCGUGAAGCGAAUGAACUACAGCAGUGGAUCAACGAGAAGGAAGCUGCCCUGACAAGUGAGGAAGUUGGUGCAGACUUAGAGCAAGUGGAAGUGCUACAGAAGAAAUUCGAUGAUUUCCAGAAGGAUCUGAAGGCCAACGAGUCACGACUGAAGGACAUUAACAAAGUAGCUGAAGACCUGGAAUCUGAAGGACUGAUGGCAGAGGAGGUGCAGGCUGUUCAGCAGCAAGAGCUAUACGGAAUGAUGCCCAGGGAUGAAGCUGAUUCCAAGACUGCCUCCCCAUGGAAGUCUGCUCGUCUGAUGGUUCACACCGUGGCUACCUUUAAUUCCAUCAAGGAGCUGAAUGAGCGCUGGCGGUCCUUGCAGCAGCUGGCCGAGGAGCGCAGCCAGGUGUUAGGCAGUGCCCAUGAAGUGCAGCGAUUCCACAGAGAUGCCGAUGAGACCAAAGAAUGGAUUGAAGAGAAGAAUCAGGCUCUGAACACAGACAAUUAUGGCCAUGAUUUGGCUAGUGUUCAAGCCCUGCAGCGCAAGCAUGAGGGCUUUGAGAGGGACCUUGCAGCUCUAGGUGACAAGGUCAAUUCCCUUGGGGAAACAGCUCAGCGUCUGAUCCAGUCCCACCCUGAGUCAGCAGAAGAUCUGAAGGAAAAAUGCACUGAGUUAAACCAGGCUUGGAACAGCCUGGGGAAACGUGCAGACCAGCGCAAGGCCAAGCUGGGUGACUCCCAUGACCUGCAGCGCUUCCUUAGUGACUUCCGGGACCUUAUGUCUUGGAUCAAUGGAAUACGAGGGUUAGUGUCCUCAGAUGAGCUAGCCAAAGAUGUCACUGGAGCUGAAGCUUUGCUGGAACGACAUCAGGAACACCGGACAGAAAUUGAUGCCAGGGCUGGCACUUUCCAGGCAUUUGAGCAGUUUGGGCAGCAGCUGCUGGCUCAUGGGCACUAUGCCAGCCCAGAGAUCAAGGAGAAACUAGAUAUUCUAGAUCAGGAGCGUGCCGAUCUGGAGAAGGCCUGGGUCCAGCGCAGGAUGAUGUUGGAUCAGUGCCUGGAACUGCAGCUCUUUCAUCGGGACUGUGAGCAAGCUGAGAACUGGAUGGCUGCCCGGGAGGCCUUCCUGAAUACAGAAGACAAAGGAGACUCACUAGACAGUGUGGAGGCUCUGAUAAAAAAACACGAGGACUUCGACAAAGCAAUUAAUGUUCAGGAAGAAAAGAUCGCCGCUCUACAGUCCUUUGCCGACCAGCUGAUAGCUGCUGGCCACUAUGCCAAAGGGGACGUUUCUAGCAGGCGCAAUGAGGUUUUGGACAGGUGGAGACGUCUGAAAGCCCAGAUGAUUGAAAAAAGGUCAAAGCUAGGAGAAUCUCAGACCCUGCAGCAGUUCAGCCGGGAUGUGGAUGAGAUUGAAGCUUGGAUCAGUGAAAAAUUACAGACAGCAAGUGAUGAGUCCUAUAAGGAUCCCACCAACAUACAGCUUUCCAAGCUGCUGAGCAAACACCAGAAGCACCAAGCCUUUGAAGCAGAGCUGCAUGCUAAUGCCGACCGGAUCCGUGGAGUUAUUGACAUGGGCAACUCCCUCAUUGAGCGAGGAGCUUGUGCUGGCAGCGAGGACGCUGUCAAGGCUCGACUGGAUGCCUUAGCUGACCAGUGGCAGUUCCUGGUGCAGAAGUCAGCUGAAAAGAGCCAAAAACUGAAAGAAGCCAACAAACAGCAGAAUUUCAACACUGGGAUCAAGGACUUUGAUUUCUGGCUUUCUGAGGUUGAGGCCCUCUUGGCAUCUGAGGAUUAUGGCAAAGACCUGGCUUCUGUGAAUAACUUACUGAAAAAACAUCAACUGCUAGAGGCAGAUAUAUCUGCGCAUGAGGAUCGCCUGAAAGACCUAAACAGCCAAGCAGACAGUCUGAUGACUAGCAGCGCCUUUGACACUUCCCAAGUGAAGGACAAAAGGGACACCAUCAACGGGCGCUUCCAGAAGAUCAAGAGCAUGGCAGCCUCCCGCCGAGCCAAGUUAAAUGAGUCGCAUCGCUUGCACCAGUUCUUCCGGGACAUGGACGAUGAGGAGUCCUGGAUCAAGGAGAAGAAGCUGCUGGUGAGCUCUGAGGACUAUGGCCGAGACUUGACAGGUGUUCAGAACCUGAGGAAGAAACACAAACGGCUGGAGGCAGAAUUGGCCGCACACGAGCCUGCGAUUCAGGGCGUUCUGGAUACUGGGAAGAAACUGUCUGAUGACAACACCAUUGGGAAGGAGGAGAUUCAGCAGCGCCUGGCACAGUUUGUGGAGCACUGGAAAGAGCUGAAGCAGUUGGCAGCAGCUCGGGGUCAGCGGCUAGAAGAGUCCUUGGAAUAUCAACAGUUUGUAGCCAAUGUAGAAGAGGAGGAGGCUUGGAUAAAUGAGAAAAUGACGCUGGUGGCCAGUGAGGAUUACGGAGACACUCUUGCUGCUAUCCAGGGCUUACUGAAGAAGCAUGAAGCUUUUGAGACAGAUUUUACUGUGCACAAGGAUCGUGUCAAUGAUGUCUGCACUAAUGGACAAGACCUCAUUAAGAAGAACAAUCACCAUGAGGAGAACAUCUCAUCCAAGAUGAAAGGCUUGAAUGGGAAAGUCUCAGACUUAGAGAAAGCAGCCGCCCAGAGGAAGGCAAAACUGGACGAGAACUCAGCCUUCCUUCAGUUCAACUGGAAGGCUGACGUGGUGGAGUCUUGGAUCGGUGAAAAGGAGAACAGCUUGAAGACAGAUGAUUAUGGCCGAGAUCUGUCUUCUGUCCAAACUCUCCUUACCAAACAGGAAACCUUUGAUGCUGGUCUGCAAGCCUUUCAGCAGGAGGGCAUUGCCAACAUCACUGCCCUCAAAGAUCAGUUGCUGGCCGCCAAGCACAUUCAGUCCAAGGCCAUCGAGGCCCGGCAUGCUUCCCUCAUGAAAAGAUGGAGCCAGCUUCUGGCCAACUCAGCCACCCGGAAGAAGAAGCUGCUGGAAGCUCAGAGCCAUUUCCGCAAGGUGGAGGACCUCUUCCUGACCUUUGCCAAAAAGGCUUCUGCCUUCAAUAGUUGGUUUGAAAAUGCAGAGGAGGAUUUAACAGACCCAGUGCGCUGUAACUCCCUGGAAGAAAUCAAAGCCUUGCGUGAGGCCCAUGAUGCCUUCCGCUCCUCCCUCAGCUCAGCCCAGGCUGAUUUCAACCAGCUGGCGGAGCUGGACCACCAGAUCAAGAGCUUCCGUGUGGCCUCCAACCCCUACACCUGGUUCACCAUGGAGGCCUUGGAGGAGACCUGGAGGAACCUGCAGAAGAUCAUCAAGGAAAGGGAACUGGAGCUGCAAAAGGAACAACGGCGGCAGGAAGAAAAUGACAAACUACGACAGGAGUUUGCCCAGCAUGCCAACGCCUUCCACCAGUGGAUCCAAGAGACCAGAACAUAUCUCCUCGAUGGCAUAGCGUAUCGUCGGGUCAUUCGUGUCUAUCAGUAUGAAGUUGGGGAUGAUCUGUCUGGAAGAUCCUGCAUGGUGGAAGAGUCCGGGACCCUUGAAUCUCAGCUUGAAGCUACCAAACGCAAGCACCAAGAGAUUCGGGCCAUGAGAAGUCAGCUCAAGAAGAUUGAGGACCUGGGGGCCGCCAUGGAAGAAGCCCUGAUCCUGGAUAAUAAGUACACAGAGCACAGCACUGUGGGCCUGGCCCAGCAGUGGGACCAGCUCGACCAGUUGGGCAUGCGCAUGCAGCACAACCUGGAGCAGCAGAUCCAGGCCAGGAACACUACAGGAGUGACAGAGGAGGCACUGAAGGAAUUCAGCAUGAUGUUCAAACACUUUGACAAGGACAAAUCUGGCCGCCUGAACCACCAGGAGUUCAAGUCCUGCCUGCGCUCCCUGGGCUAUGACCUGCCCAUGGUAGAGGAAGGGGAACCCGACCCUGAGUUUGAGGCGAUCCUGGACACUGUGGACCCAAACAGGGAUGGCCACGUCUCUCUGCAAGAAUACAUGGCCUUCAUGAUCAGCCGAGAAACUGAAAACGUCAAGUCCAGUGAAGAGAUUGAGAGUGCCUUCCGGGCCCUGAGCUCUGAGGGAAAGCCUUACGUGACCAGGGAAGAACUGUACCAGAAUCUGACUCGGGAACAAGCUGACUACUGCGUCUCCCACAUGAAGCCCUAUGUGGACGGCAAGGGCCGAGAACUCCCCACCGCUUUUGACUAUGUGGAGUUUACCCGCUCGCUCUUCGUGAACUGACCCUCAGCUUAGUCAGCCCAGCCCUCACUACUUGCUUCGCUGCAUGCUGCCCCACCUAUGUGCUCUUCAGUAUUCCAGACAGUGCUACUUUCCAGUGUAACCUUACACCUGCUUAGCUUGGGAUAAGACUUAGUAGAAAAUGGUGCUUCAGUAAACUGCUUCUGGUCCAGAUGCAAUCGCCAUGUUGACAUGGGGACCCAGACUCCUGUCUUGUAGCCAGCUGCCCCAUUCCGACUUUAGAAAACUCUAAGCAGCAGGCUAGUUCCUUCUCGUUCUCUCUCCCCAUCCCAGAUUUUGUUUUCAUGUAAAAGACGAAUAAACAACUUGUCUCUUCCCCCAAAA